GGAUUCUGGGAAAUGUAGUUUUCCUCCCGAAGAAAAGAAUGGACGGAAGCCCAUUCGUAGCAGCAGAACCCGCCCGGGGCCAUGGGCUUCCUCCCGGCGCCCUCCUUGCGCGACCUGGUGGCCACGGGCAUCCACGCCUUCCGCGACCGCGACACCGUUGCCGUGGUGAUGACCGCCACGCUGGCCGCCCUCUUCGUGUGGUACUGCUACCGCGUCGGCCGCGAGCAGCAGCAACAGCAGCGCCGCGCCCGGGCCCAUAACCCCGUGUCCCCGUGCCCCGGCGGCGCCCUCCCGGGCGGGGGUCCCGAGGGCCCGUUCUCGAACCCGCGGCUGUACCGGAACCUGCAGGAGUACGCCAAGCGCUACUCGUGGUCGGGGAUGGGCCGCAUCCACAAGGCCCUCCGGAAGAGCCGCGGCCACCCGCCCGGAUCGUUGUCGUCGUCGUCGUUGUCGAUCCAGAACCCGGGCGUGUUCUUCCUCCCGGACCUGCCGUCCGGCCCGUACUUCGCACGCGAGGCACAGAAGCACGACGUGGAGCUCCUCGAGCGCAACUUCCCCACCAUCCUGGCCGAGCUCGAGGGGCUCUCGCGCCCCCCGGACGCCCAUGAAUAUGCGCACCCUCAUUACCAUAAUCAGCCCCCGGCCCCGCCCCCGGGGUGGAAGGCCAAGGCCACGCUCGCUGGGGAGCGCCUGACCUUCGACCUGGUCUCCCGGGGAACGGUCGUCGGGCGGAAUUGCCGCCGCUGCCCGAAGACGUACAGGUUGUUGUCGGGUCUGCGGACCUGCAUGGCGACCGGGAACGUCUUUGGGAACGCCCGGUUCUGUGCCCUCAGACCCGGAACCAUCACCGAGGAGCGUUAUGGGCCCAGCAACAUCCGCCUGCGAUGCCACCUGGGCCUAAAAACGCCGAGCAAUUGUGAGCUGGUGGUUGGCGGUGAACCCCAGUGUUGGGCGCAAGGAAGGUGCCUCCUUUUCGACGACUCUUUCUUGCACACCGCCCGGCAUUCAGGUCCAGCAGAAGAGGGGCCACGCGUGGUCUUCCUGGUGGACUUGUGGCACCCCAACGUGGCCGCGGCCGAGCGCCAGGCCCUCGACUACAUCUUCGCUCCGGGACGGUGAUCGUGGUCACGAGGAUCACCACGAUCACGACUGUGAUAUUUUUCACCAUGGGGAAACCGUUGUGCGAGAGCAAUUGUGAACACACACACACAUUUACACAAUUGUGGAUCUUUUGUCAUGGGGAAACCAUUGUGCGAGAGCAAUCGUGAACACACACUCACACGAUUGUGAUAUUUUUAGUCAUUGAGAAACCGUUGUGCGAGAGCAAUUGUGAACACACACACACAUUUACACAAUUGUGGAUCUUUUGUCAUGGGGAAACCGUUGUGUGAGAGCAAUUGUGAACACACACUCACACGAUUGUGAUAUUUUUAGUCAUUGAGAAACCGUUGUGCGAGAGCAAUUGUGAACACACACACACAUUUACACAAUUGUGGAUCUUUUGUCAUGGGGAAACCGUUGUGCGAGAGCAAUCGUGAACACACACUCAGACAAUUGUGAUAUUUUUCGUCAUUGGUGAAACCGUUGUGCGAGAGCAAUCGUGAACACACACUCAGACAAUUGUGAUAUUUUUCGUCAUUGGUGAAACCAUUGUGCGAGAGCAAUUGUAAACACACUCACACAUUUACACAAUUGUGGAAUUUUUGUCAUUGAGAAACUUUGGUGCGAGAGCAAUUGCGAUCACACUAACACAUUUACACAAUUGUGUAUUUUUUGUCAUUGAGAAACCAUUGUGCGAGAGCAAUUGUGAACACAUACUUUCACAAUUGUGAUGAAUUUUUCGUCAUGGGGAAACCAUUGUGUGAAAACAAUUGUGAACACAUACUCACACAAUUGUGAUAUUUUUCCCUCAUUGGGGAAACCGUUGUGCAAGAGCAAUUGUGAACACACACUCUCUCACACAUUUGCACAAUUGUGAUAUUUUUCAUAAUUGGGAAACCAUUGUGUGAGAACAAUUGUGAACACACACUCUCACAAUUGUGAUGAAUUUUUCGUCAUUGGGGAAACCAUUGUGCGAGAGCAAUUGUGAACACACUCUCACACACACAUUUACACAAUUGUGGAAUUUUUGUCAUUGGGAAACCAUUGUGUGAAAACAAUUGUGAACACACACUCACACAAUUGUGAUGAAUUUUCCGUCAUUGGGGAAACCCUUGUGCGAGAGCAAUGGUGAACACACACACAUUUACACGAUUGUGAUAUUUUUUCUCAUUGGGAUAACUUGUGCGAGAGCAAUCGUGAACACACACUCAGACAAUUGUGAUAUUUUUAGUCAUUGAGAAACCGUUGUGCGAGAGCAAUUGUAAACACACUCACACAUUUACAAAAUUGUGGAAUUUUUGUCAUUGUGAAACCAUUGUGUGAGAACAAUUGUGAACACACACUCACACAAUUGUGAUGAAUUUUCCGUCAUUGGGGAAACCCUUGUGCGAGAGCAAUGGUGAACACACACUCACACACACAUUUACACGAUUGUGAUAUUUUUUCUCAUUGGGAUAACUUGUGCGAGAGCAAUCGUGAACACACACUCAGACAAUUGUGAUAUUUUUAGUCAUUGAGAAACCGUUGUGCGAGAGCAAUUGUAAACACACUCACACAUUUACAAAAUUGUGGAAUUUUUGUCAUUGUGAAACCAUUGUGUGAGAACAAUUGUGAACACACACUCACACAAUUGUGAUGAAUUUUUCGUCAUUGGGGAAACCAUUGUGCGAGAGCAAUUGUGAACACACACUCUCACACACACAUUUACACAAUUGUGGAAUUUUUGUCAUUGGGAAACCAUUGUGUGAAAACAAUUGUGAACACACACUCUCACAAUUGUGAUGAAUUUUUCAUCAUUGGGGAAACCAUUGUGUGAAAACAAUUGUGAACACACACUCACACAAUUGUGAUGAAUUUUUCAUCAUUGGGGAAACCCUUGUGCGAGAGCAAUUGUGAACACACACUCUCACACACACAUUUACACAAUUGUGGAAUUUUUGUCAUUGGGAAACCAUUGUGUGAGAACAAUUGUGAACACACACUCACACAAUUGUGAUGAAUUUUUCGUCAUUGGGGAAACCAUUGUGCGAGAGCAAUUGUGAACACACACUCUCUCACACACAUUUACACAAUUGUGGAAUUUUUGUCAUUGGGAAACCCUUGUGCGAGAGCAAUGGUGAACACACACUCACACGAUUGUGAUAUUUUCCGUCAUUGGGAAACCAUUGUGCAAGAGCAAUUGUGAACACACACACACACACACAAUUGUGAUAUUUUCCCCUCAUUGUGCGAGAGCACAAGCGAAACCGUAUCACACACAAGCGACACGCAAUCAGCACGGAACAAUUUUUACGUCGAUCACUGCCUUUGCACAAGCACACAAUUCUUAUUUUUGUCAAUUUUGUAAGUGUGCAGAAGUGUAGUUGUGCGAUGCACACAAUCACGGUGUGAAUUAGUAUUUGUAUUUUUGGCUGGUUUUUUGCACUAGUGUCCCUCGUGUGAAAAUUAUCACACAAGGAUAUGGAAAGUAAUCCUAUUUUAUUGUGUUUUCUGCUUUUUUGCACAAGUGAUCCUCGUGCAAAAAUUAUUGCACAAAGAUAUGGAAUUAAUCCUAUUUUUUGUGUUUCCCUCGUGCAAAAAUUCUCGCACAAGGAUAUGGAAAGUAAUCCUAUUUUUGUGUUUCCUGGUUUUUUGUACAAGUGUCCCACGUGCAAAAGUUCUCACACGAGGAUAUGGAAAGUAAUCCUAUUUUUGUGAUUCCCUCGUGUAAAUAUUCUCGCACGAGGAUAUGGAAUUAAUCCUAUUUUUUGUGUUUUUCUUGUGCAAAAAUUAUUGCACGAGGAUAUGGAAUUAAUCUUAUUUUUGUGUUUCUCUCGUGCAAAAAUUAUUGCACGAGGAUUUUGAAUUAAUCCUAUUUUUGUGUUUCCCUUGUGCAAAAAUUAUUGCACGAGGAUUUUGAAUUAAUCCUAUUUUUGUGUUUCCCUUGUGCAAAAAUUCUUGCACGAGGAUUUUGAAUUAAUCCUAUUUUUGUGUUUCCCUUGUGCAAAAAUUAUUGCACGAGGAUUUUGAAUUAAUCCUAUUUUUGUCUUUCCCUUGUGCAAAAAUUAUUGCACGAGGAUAUAGAAUUAAUCCUAUUUUUGUCUUUCCCUUGUGCAAAAAUUCUCGCACGAGGAUUUUGAAUUAAUCCUAUUUUUGUGUUUCUCUCGUGCAAAAAUUAUUGCACGAGGAUAUAGAAUUAAUCCUAUUUUUUGUGUUUCACUCGUGCCAAAAUUCUCGCACGAGGAUAAUGAAAGUAGUCCUAUUUUUGUGUUUCCUUCGUGCAAAAAUUCUCGCACGAGGAUUUUGAAUUAAUCCUAUUUUUGUCUUUCCCUUGUGCAAAAAUUAUUGCACGAGGAUUUUGAAUUAAUCCUAUUUUUGUGUUUCCCUUGUGCAAAAAUUAUUGCACGAGGAUAUGGAAUUAAUCUUAUUUUUGUGUUUUCCUUGUGCAAAAAUUAUUGCACGAGGAUAUGGAAUUAAUCUUAUUUUUGUGUUUCUCUCGUGCAAAAAUUAUUGCACGAGGAUAUGGAAUUAAUCUUAUUUUUGUGUUUCCCUUGUGCAAAAAUCCUUGCACGAGGAUAUGGAAAAUAAUCCAAUUUUUUUGUGUUUUCUGGUUUUUGCACUAGUGAUCCUUGUGCAAAAAUUAUUGCACGAGGAUAUGGAAAAUAAUCCUAUUUUUUGUGUUUCCUGCUUUUUUGCACUAGUGAUCUUUGUGCAAAAAUUCUCACACGAGGACAUGGAAUUAAUACUAUUUUUUGUGUUUCCUUUGUGCAAAAAAUUCUCGCACGAGGAUAUGGAAAGUAAUCCUUUUUUUGUUUCCUUUGUGCAAAAAAUUCUCGCACGAGGAUAUGGAAAGUAAUCCUUUUUUUGUGUUUCCUGGUUUUUUGUACAAGUGUCCCUCGUGCAGAAAUUCUCGCACGAGGAUAUGGAAUUAAUCCUAUGUUUUGUGUUUCCCUCGUGCAAAAAUUCUCGCAC